AUGUAAAGAGAUCAACUUAAUUUCUCCUAUUUAAAGAGAUUGUUUCCAACUCUAGAAUAGAUUUUAUAUACUGGCAAAUUUACCAGUUUGAAUGAGUUUGAUAAAUGCACUUAAUUGUGGCAUCAGGCUGGAUUUCAAGGACCUUUCUUUUUAAUUAAAUUAACCGAUUAAUGUGUCUUCAUUAUACUUAAUUAAAACUCAACUUAAGAUUUCAUAAGGACAAUUAAAAAGGGAUUAACAUUUGAGUUGAAUAAAGGCACAUAAUGGUUUUAUUUUCAUUUUUAAGAUGAAUAAUAAAAGGUUUUCAAUAUAUGGUUCUAAGAGUAAUAAGAUUUUGAAAAUUUUAAGGUUUGUUUAGAGAAAAUUGUAAAAUGA